AUGGCUUCUUCUGUCCGUCGCCCCGUGUGGGUCGUCACAGGUGCAUCAUCAGGCAUUGGCCAGGCCAUUGCCCUUGAGGCUGCGCGCUUUGCCACAGUUGUUGCCGUCGGCCGCAGCGCCGCACGGCUGGAGCCCGUUGUGCGUGCUGGGUGCCGCGCGCUGGAGCUCGACGUGACUUCCAGCAGCGAGCAGUUGGCACAGGCCGUGGCAGGCAUCGCAGAGCGCGAGGGCACCAUCGACGUGCUGGUCAACGCGGCGGGGUACCUGCUGGAGGGCGCAGCCGAGGAGACAAGCGACCACGAGCUGCAGCAGCUCUUUGACACGAUUGCCCUCGGCCCGCUGCGGCUAGCCCGUUCAGUGCUCCCGCUCAUGCGGCGCGCGCGGGCCGGCGUCAUCGCCAACGUUGCCGGCAUUGGCGCCCUGCGCGGCUCGCCCAACGCUGGGCCAUACUGCGCCGCCAAAGCCGCUCUCUCAACCCUCACUGAGGCCAUGCACGACGAACUCGCGCCGCUGGGCGUGCGAGUGUGCUUGGUGCAGUUGGGCCACUUCCGCACCAAUUUCCUCCAGCCCGGCCACCGCCGCAAAGUACAGGCCCAUAUUUCCGACUACGACGCCGUCUUGGAUCCCAUACGCGCCGCAUUCGACGGUCUCAACGGUGCCCAGCAGGGUGAUCCGCUCAAGGGCGCACAGGCCAUUGUCAAGGUCCUGGCCGGCCCGGAGGUGCCUCCUCUGCUGGCUGUUGGCCCCGACGUGCCUGCCGCCGAGCUGCGUGCCCACGACCAACGCCGCGCCCAGAUUUUGGCCUGGCAGCACAUCGGGGGUGGCACCGACUUGCAAGGAUAG